GACGAAACUGCAUUCUGAAUCUGUAACCUAACUUAUCUGCGACACAUAUCGAAAGUCUACAUUAGAUCUACCAUGGAAUCCCUCCUCCGCUGGGGCAUCGAGAACUCCACCCCCUCCACCGACACCGACACCUCCCAACCGCCCGUUCCCCGACGCGACCUCGACCCAGCCAUCAUCGACCACAUCCUCGGCAAAUCCGAUGCAGUCCUCAUGAAAGAAGCCCUCGCCGCAGCGCUCGACGAGACCCAGAGCGACGAGGACAGGGCGACGGCCUUGGAUAACCUCGAGAUGUUGGUGGAGAAUAUUGAUAAUGCUAAUAACCUAGAAAAGCUGAAAAUGUGGGAGCCCUUGCAAAACCUCCUCACGAUCCCCUCCUCAUCCGAGCCUCUCAAGACGCAAACGCUGUGGGUCAUAGGAACCGCGCUGCAGAACAACCCCUCGGCGCAGACCAGUUACCUCUCCCUCUCCCCCCUUCCCACCCUGCUUUCCCUGCUUCCCCCCUCCUCCAACUCGUCACAAACACGCUCAAAGGCGCUCUACGCGCUCUCGGGUCUGCUGAAACACAACGCACCAGCCGUACGCGCCCUCGGCGCUGCAGAUGGGUGGAGUGCGCUGCAAACUACGCUCGAAGAUUCUGACAUCUCAGUACGCAGGAAGACAGCGUUCAUGCUCAACACGCUCCUCGUCCCCUCUCCUCCCCUUCCCACGACGUCAACGGCCGGAUCCAGCCUCCACACGCCCGAUUCGCAGCCUGCCGCAUCACAUCCCGUGCACCCAAACUCGCACGCAUCGAUGUUGUCCGAUCCCAACUCGGUGUCGACGUCAGAAGCGACGCUGGAGGCGCUGAAGGGUGAGAGGGGAGUGGUGGAGGGAGUGGUGAGUGCGCUUGUGUUGCCUGUGCCGUUUGGAAGGGAUGGAGAGCAUGAGAGUGAUGUGGACUUGGAGGAGAAGUUGGCUAGACUGCUACAUACAUACGCGACGCUGUGCGGUGGACCAUUCACUGCUGCGCAGAAGGCACGGCUGGCUGACUUUCUCGCGGAGCAGGGCGAGAGCGGGGACGGGGAGCGAAUGGGGCUUGCGGUAGGAGAGUUUGAUGAGCUGAGGCGAUGUGUGGGAUGAUUCGUUUCUGUGUCUGUUUUUAUUACCUGUGAUUCGUCAAUUCUAUGUUUUGUGUUUUUGGGAUGCGAUUGGGUGCGGGAGUGGGCGACGUUUGGGCACUGUGUAGAUGUUGAUAUGAUGAUGAGAAAAUGUGGAAAGGGAUGUGUUGGGCCUGGGAGGUGAUCUUGGACUGGUGUCUGGGUGAUAGGAGAUAAAGAUGGCGAGGGGAGUCUUAUGAGAUGGCCCUGUCGUUCUCAUCGACGGCAUUGGCACUGGCACUGGCACUGGUGGUGAUCUAUUUAAGAAACAUGCGCUGAUGGCGCGAUAAGAGAGAGCGAGUCGACGCUGGGCUGGCCAUGUCUUUAUGACCGAGAGCGUACGGGUGCGGGCGGGCAAUAGACUCCCGAGUGGCUCCAGAGUGUUUUGUCAGACCAAAGUGCCAUGUUCAGUCAGCGCGUGUGUCGGAUGCAAAAAUGGGAGUGAGACGGAUUGAUGGAGAAAGGAAAGACAUAGCCUAGUGUCAUAAUCAGAAAGAUGGAAGG